UAGUUACUAACCAGAAAAACACUAAUCGAAGAAGUAGAGAAAGAAAAAACAGUUGGGCUGUAAUCUAAACGGAAGAAAUGUGUGUUGUUUUCCUUUUGUUAGAUCCAGUGAACGUUGCUUUGUAAGGAUGAAGCCGCCUCCUCGUGCUCGAACUAAACGAGACUGGAGCUCUCGAUCAGCUGCGCCGGAGGCCCGUAGGGAAACGGGCUGUAAGUGGGGACGGGCUGAGCUAAAAAAGCUACUAGGCGCACUAAAAGCUCUAAGUCAGACCACCGGAGGACUGGAAGAGGUUGACCAUGUUGUCUUGAAGAAACGGAUUCCUACUCGGACAGUUUCAGAGAUCAGUGUUAUGGUGGACUCUCUGAAGAAAAAAGCAAUAGCAUCUGCAAGAUUCCAACUGCAUAUGAAGAACUCGGAGGAGAAGCAGAUCAGGAAGUCUAUCGAAGAAUGGACACACAUGGCUUCUGCUCUUGCUGGGACUCUUGAAACACCAAUAUCUGCUGCCUUCAUUCAGAUGCUGAUUGUGUCAUCGACAGAGCCCUGCACUCUGAGGAACUGUGACCCCUACCAGGACCCUAGAUCCACUAUUGGUCGUACUGUCCGAAGACCUGUGCCUCGCCUGCCAGUAAAAGGUGAGGAUCCUGCCAGAGUUUCUCCUGCCAUGUUGCUCAUCACUCCAGCACCAACCAUGUCAGGAACCAGAAGACUUCCAGCACCAUCUAAAGUUGUUAGAGUGCAAACCAACAAAAUCCUUACACCUCAAAAAACCUUCUCACCUUCUCCCACUGUUGGUACUUCCACUGCUGCCAUCUCCACCUCUCAGACUAGAUGUGCAGACACCAGUUCACAAAGUGUAAGCACUGCAGACAAGACUGUCCAGCUGAUCUCAAAGAAAUGUGCUGCAUCCGUGACUUCCAGUUCUCCAAAGUCUCUCAGUCCAUCUGCUUCUUAUAUAUCCCCUGUCACAGCAGCAGCACAGUCUGUUGUUGCAUCACAUUGUUUACCCAUCUCCAGUUUUUCCUCUUCCUCUUUCCCCUCCACAGUCCCACUCUCCAACACAGCUUCUGAGCUGCAUGGUAAAUUUGGACAAACCAGUAAACAUGCAACAAUAGACAGCUCAAGGACAUUUGGAGUUAAAUUUGUCGUGAACUUUGAAAAGAUCUACAAAUUCUUAAGUGCUAUCCAGAAGCCCAGUGAGGAUUGUCAUCUAACACCCAUGGAGUGUGCUAUAGUCUUGGACCUGCUGAUGUCUCUUCCAGAAGAGUUACCUUAUCUGGACUGCAAAAACCUGCACACGCAUCUGAUCCAAAUGCAUCAGUGUCUCUCAGCUCCUGUCGACUCCAGGCCUGCAAAACAACUAUUGUCAAAGCUGAAAAACAUGCACCAUGCUCAAAGAGAGCCACCUACAGCUCAUGAUCCCAACCUGACAGGCAGUCAGAAGGCUGAAACUGCUGGUACUGAUGACAGCUCUUUGGGCCAAUCUGAGGAUCCAGACGUGUUGGAUUUCGGCCCACCACUUAAUCCUUUCCUGGUUCCCCUGAAUUUGUUGAUGCGAAGGCAAAGUUAGGAAUAACACAUUGUGAACUACUUUAGUCCGCUUACAUGUGUGGGAACAUUGGCCUAAUUUUAUAAGUUAGGCACACUUUUAGUUAAAUGUUUUGCAGUUGCAGCUGCAGCUAAUUGAAUCUAAAAUUAGAUUUUCAUCAAAUGUUACCUCAGACUCAUUGUAUUUUUUUAGUUUUAAAAAUUAUUUUGCAAGUUUGAAUGCAGUCCUUCAGCAAAGGUUGUACCCAGCACAAGCCCCCUGUCAUCCCACGCCACCAUCCGCUUGCCGACACACCACGACCCUAUGCCCCUCCAAAGAUUAAGUGUGUAUAGAGGAUUGCUGAACGUUUCUUUUAUUUGAUGUCACAUUAAAUACCGAUACUUUGAGAAA